UAUUUUCAGACAAAAUGUCGGUUAUAAAUCCUGGACAUCCGAACUACACACACCGACCUGGACCCCCGCAGCUAGGCCCGUUUAACCGAACCAAGACGCAUGAUGAUCCUGAGCGUUGGAUUUGUGUUUAUCCUGCUUACCUGAACAAAAAGAAGACCCUCAAGGAAGGGAGAGAUAUAAAAGCUGUGUUGGAUGAUGCUAAGAUGGAAUAUAUCCUGGAGAGAAAGUUCUACAGUAGAGAGAGAAGCAAGGAGCCUACAUAUAUCGGAAGGUUUAAAGUGCAUCUGAAGGACAAGGAAGGAGAAUAUCUAAAAGAAGAAUUUCAGUCUAGGAAUUCCAUUCUGUUGUAUUUGGGGGAGAAAAUUCCCCAACUCAAAUCUAGAACCAAUCCUAAAGGUCCUGCUGCUGAACAGCCUCAACAGCAACAAACUGGCGCUGUCCCCAAAAAGAAGAAAGGGAAGAAAUAGACUCCUCUGAAAUGUGGCCAAUAAACUCUCCUGAAAUUCUUCUGUCGAGGAAACUCGACAUUUCUUUAAAUCAUGAUGUAAUCUUAUUUUAUGUUUUCUUAUUUUUUCAGAGUUUUCUAAAUAAAUAUAUCAUUUUUUCUGUUA